AUGAGUUUCUUCGAUAGGUUGUUCACUCUCGUCCUUACUAGGGACCAACGGGAACGUCACUCUCGUGUCAAGUGGGAGAAGACAGUAACAAAGUCCGAGGACCUGUUCAUUCCCUCAUCUCCUUGCACUGCUCCGAUGACACCUUCUCUCUCAUCUUCAUCAUCAUCAUCCUCAAUAUCCUCGGGUAGCUCUUCACCUAGCCGAUCAAGGCCAGGAACAGCUCACUCCACCUCGCCCCGAUUCGACUCAAGGCCUGAAUUCAGACGCCACACAUCAAUCAAGAGAAAUCCAAUCUCAUACGACUGCCUUGUUGCCGUUGAGAAGGAAACUAAGAAGCCAGCAACUACUACCGUCGUGCAGCCACGCCUCUACCCUCUCCCACCUUUGGGACCCAUGGAGGGAGUUGGCAAGUACAGACGCAGCAUCCACGUUAGCGAGCAGUUCAUGGAUGCCAACCGAAGAGAUAACCUCGCCGCUCUUCAACCACUUCCGGAUGAAGAUGACGAUGUUGAGAUUGAACAACGCACUGGUCGCAGAAAGUGGCGCACCGAUUCCACUGGCAACCGUGACACUACUACCCCACCAAGAGGAAGCUCAGCCUCCCCCAAGAUGGAGACUGCAGAUCUUCCGGAUCAACCAUACUACGACUCAGAACCCAAGAAGGAUUCCGGUAUCGGUUCAUCGCCACCAGCGCCAAAGAAACAGAGACAGCGCAGCUUGCCUCCACGAUGGAAGAAGCAGAGCAAAUCAGCUUCGCCACCAGUGAUUAAGGAGCUUGAAAACGACAGCGAGUUUGAGGAUGAGGAGGUCGAGAAGAAGCCGGUAGUACGUGUUCAGAGCAAGAAGAGGCUGCAUGCACCGGUUGGAAAGCGAGCAGGAAGGGGAGGAGUCAAGGCAAAGGCAGUGAUUGGUCUGCCAGCGCAGAGGAAGAAGGUCAACGCACCGGUUGCGGCGCAGGUUUUGGGAGCUAGCAUGGAGACACUUGUGUCUGGAGAGGAAUAA